ACCGUUGGAUCAGGAGCGGAUUCCCAUUAGAAGGCGUCCUGACCCUUCGAUUGCCAUAUAAAAGGAAGCGGGCGCCUUCCCCACGUUCCUCUUCUUGAUAGUUCUCGCACUCUGUUCUACCGUCACUACCUCCGCCUUCUUCUCGCCAUGCCUCCGACUCCGAGCGUUCGCUGCGACUCCCCUUCCUUCAAGAUUUCCCUUGCCCUCGCUCUCAUCCGCUUCAACAAGAUUCACCGUCCUUCUCCCUCCUCCUCCUCCGACGCCCAGCGCUGGAAGCGGAAGGCCAAGGACCGGAAGCUCGAGAUCCUUAGGCUCCGGGAAGAGCUCAAGCAACUUGAGGAUGGGAGAACGUGUGAAGCCGAUCUACCAAUUGCAUCAUGCCGGUGCCAUUUCUUUGAUGGGAUCGGUGAGUUGGGAGGAGAUGGUUCGGGACGCGGUGAUGGAGGUCAUUGGAUCGAUGAGGUCCUGAGGAGGAGAUUCCUGAGGCUGGUUCGCUGGAAGGAAAGGAGGAAGAAAGUGGACCGACCUCUGAAUCAAAAGCAUUUCCUAUCAUUUGGCAGUGAAAAUGAGAUAGAGCAGCUGGGUACUUCAGUAGAUUUCUUGGUGGAGUUUACAGAUAAUAUCCUAGUGAAAGGGGAAAUUGGCCCUUCUUUUGCUACUUUUUCUCAUCAAGCUAUAGAUUUCAUUUUAGCCUCAUUAAAGAAUUUACUAUCAUCACAAAAGGAUAUCGAGCUCAUUGAAGAUAUUGUCAAUGGGUUGAUUAUGCGUCUAAUCAGAAGAAUGUGUGCCAUCCCUGAAAAUGAUGUAUCAGGCUCAGUGAAUUCUGAUUCAGAUCCUCAAUUUUGUGUUCAACACCUAAUUCGCAAGCUAGGAAAUGAGCCAUUUGUUGGUCAAAGAAUUCUCCUUUCAGUCUCCCAGAAGACUUCAGUAGUGAUUGAUAGCUUACUUCUCAUGGAUCCGUUUGAUGAUUCAUUUCCUUGCCUUCAUGGAAACAUGUUUAUGAUGAUUGAACUUAUGGAGUUUCUGAUAUCAGAUUAUGUCAGAAGCUGGAUAAGCAUUGAAGAUUUUGACGCAAGGCUUCUCGAAGAGUGGGUGAGAUCGGUUAUACAAGCGCGCAAGGUUUCAGAACUCUUGGAGUCUAGGAAUGGGUUAUACAUGCUUUAUAUGGAACGUGUUGUUGGGGAACUGGCAAAGAUACUCUCUCCACUUGCCAGCCAAGGGAAGCUGGAUGUGGACAUCCUAUCUUACAUGUGCUGCUGACAAAUUGGUUGUACUGUUGAUUCCAAAUUUAGUUACUAAAGAUCUUUGCAUUUGACAGCAGAAUGGUGAUCACAACUUUUUAAAGCAUGGAUAAGGUGCAUUAGUUCUUUUUGGCAUU